AUGCCUACCGGUACCGACCAAGGUAUUCUCAGCUCCGAGUCCUAUCUGACAUUGCCACUGAUGUUUCCAAGCUCAACUUUUCGGCUCUCCGGCCCUGCGGCCCUGCGGCUCUGCGGCUCUGCGGCUCUCCGGGUCUCCGGGUCUCCGAGUCUGCGGCUCUGCGGCUCUGCGGCUCUGCGGCUCUGCGGCUCUGCGGCUCUUACAAAGCUACCAGUUACCAAACAUAUUUCUGCGGCCUUCUUUCGCUGCGGCGUUGCUUUGCAGUCUGUGUUCACUGGAAAUCCAAGUACGUCACCAUCAACACAGUAUCCCGAGAUGGAUAAUUCGCCGCUCCCUCUCCUGAAGGCAUUCUUGCCCAAAGUGCCUCUCAUCGGAAAGACGGCAUUCUCGCAUACCCUCGGCUUCUCCGAGCAUUCCAGAUACUGGGACCUCCGCACAGAGCUCACCAUCUCCGUCAUCCGCUCCUUCGUUGUCGACUCCCCGCCGCGCCCUCUCGGCCAACUGCAGCGCAUGAGCAUCAAAGGGUCAGAGGUCAAAGGAAGGAUCUGGAUUAGUCGGGUGGUGCUGAGGAAACCCGAGGAGGAGGAUGUGUGGACGAAGCUGCAGGCUGCUAUUGAUGGAUUGAGGGAAGAGGGGGAAGAGAAGGGGAGGGGGGUUAGGAGGUGCGAGAUCAAGGAUGUUGAGGCUGAGUGGACUGGGUACCGAGCAGGCGCAACAAAGAACUCUCUCGAGCUCAGGAUCUCCGAAGAACAAAAGUACAAGGAGAUGAUGAGGGAAGUCCGGUCGCCGAUCACCAUCCUCUAUUUUCAUGGUGGAGCCUACUAUCUCAUGGACCCAGCAACCCACCGCCCAACCAACAAGAAGCUCGCCAAGUUGACCAAGGGCCGCUGCUUGAGCGUUAGGUACAGACUUGCGCCCCAGAACCCCUUCCCAGCCGCUCUACUGGACGCCCUAAUCUCCUACCUCACGCUCCUCUAUCCUCCUCCAGGUUCCCUCCAUACGCCGGUGGCCCCCGAACACAUCGUCUUCGCAGGCGAUAGUGCCGGCGGCAACCUCUCCCUCGUCCUCCUCCAAACAAUCCUCGAACUCUCCCGGCAAGGCCUAAAAGUGACCUGGAACGGGACCGAGCGGGCACUCCCCCUCCCAGCCGGCGUCGCCACCAGCUCCCCGUGGACGGACAUCACGCACUCCAGCCGGUCCUGCACCACGAACCAGAAAUACGACUACCUGCCAUCCCUGGCCUCCUCCCAGCACGGCCAGAAACGGUACCCGCCCGACGCCCUGUGGCCCGCGUCCCCGCCGCGCAAGAACCUCUACGCCGAAGAUGCCAUACUGUGUAACCCGCUCGUGUCGCCACUCGCCGCCAAAAGCUGGGCCGGCAGCUGCCCCCUCUUCAUCCAGACGGGCGAAGAGCUCCUCCGUGACGAGGGUCGCCACGUCGCGGCGAAGGCCGCGGCGCAGGGCGUCCGAGUCUGCUACGAGGAGUACGAGCGCAUGCCGCACUGCUUCGCCCUGGUGCUCGAGAAGCUGCCCGCCAGCCACGCGUUCUUUGCGUCCUGGGCCGGCUUCAUGACGCGGUGUGUGAGCGAACCGCAAGCCAUUGUGACGAGCGGGAAGGUCGUCCGGCCGAAGACGCUGGACGAGAGCCCGGUGGAUGUGGAGGGCCUGAGUCGGGAGGCGGAUGAGGCGGUGCUGGCGCGGAUGAAGGCGCGCGUGAGGGUCAUGAGUGGGGAGCUGCCGGAUACUAUGAGCAAGUUGUAG